CUCGCUCUCUCUCUGUUUCUGUCUCUCUCAUUCUGCCGCAUUUCUUCCAGCACGGUUCGUCGCUUAACGGUUGGAGCGCUGCAGAGGUAUGACCGGCUCCAGGUGUCCAACCAGUAUCUGGCGCUACAACCAGCACGCACGAUCACAGUCUGCUUUGAUCCGUCUCGGAAUUCGGAAGUGUGUUUCAGCACCGUCCAACACCAAAAAAAAUCCCAAACCCGGGCAUCCCCUUUUUUUUUGAAACACAUUCCGCAAAACAGUUCCCCAAUCUGUUUUUUUUCCCUCCGAAUCCGAUCUCGAUACGUCAACCGGUUCACUUUUCUCCCCACCAGUAGUGUGUGCGUUGUGAGUGUGUUUUCGGUGUGGUGAUUAAAUUUCUCCUAAAACAAGGUGCAACGAAGAGAUCUACAGCCGUUUCACUUGGCAAUUGUGAUUGAACCACCAGACAACUACAGCACAACCACGUACUCCCAAUCUCCCAAACCUGCUGAAGAAGACAACGAAAAAAAGGAUUGUUUCGGAACUAAUUAGACACGGAUUAGCAGCAGAACUGACGCACAAAAUGACCGAUAAAGUUGACCUCAACAAAGCCCCCGAAAGCUAUGCGCCCUAUACCUUCAACCUUUCGGACAAGUUUAAAAUUAUGGCACAGGACGAACUGCGUGAAGAUGACGAUAUGCGAGACAACGCGCUGAAACAGUUCCGCGAAUGGAUUGCCAAACAUCCGCUGAUCCGGAAAUGCCGUACGGAUGCACCGUUCUUGUUGAGGUUUCUGCGUACGAAGAAGUUCUCCAUUCCGGCCGCGACUGAGAUGCUGGAGAAGUACCUAACGAUCAGACAGGUCUAUCCACACUGGUUUUUCAAGCUGGACAUUAACGAUCCAGAUCUGGAGGCGAUCAUCGACAGUGGAUAUCUGUACUCGUUGCCAGAGCGUGAUGAGCAUGGCCGCAAGAUCAUCUUCUCCAAUGCCGGAAAGUUUGACACGAGUCGGUUCACCUCCGCCCAGCUGAUCAAGAUCCACUCGAUGGUGCUGGAGGCGUUGCAGGACGAGGAGGAAUCACAGAUCUCCGGAUACAUUCACGUGACGGAUGACUCGGAGCUAAACAUUGGAUUUUUGGGGAUUUGGUCGUUCACGGACAUCCGCAAUCUGGCCCACUGUGUGCAGAACUCGCUGCCAAUGCGUCAGAAGGAGAACCACUUCGUUAACCUGCCCUCGUUCGCGAACAAGCUGUCAGAGUUCAUACUGUCGGUGUUGAGCGAGAAGUUGCGCAAUCGCGUUUUCGUGCACCGAGGUUGGGAUGAGCUGAAGACGAAGAUCAAUCCUAAGCUGCUUGCGAAGGAGUACGGUGGCACCAUCCCAGAGGCGGAGUGUAUCGCUCUGUUCAAGAAACAGCUCAAGGAGCGCCGUGAUAUUGUGCUAGCGCUCGAUGAGAUGGAGAUCGAAAUCAACAAGAGUACGAUCCCGUGGGCUGACAGUACGGAUGCAGACAUCGCGAGUGGCGUCAUCGGAAGCUUCCGCAAGCUGGAAGUGGAUUAAGAUUUCAGAACUCACUAGCUGUUACUCCGUGACAUGAUUCUUUGGGCGAUAGUUGGGCACUUUGUUAGAUUAGUAAGCUUAGUAAAUGCUUGUGUGUUUGUGUUCCAUCAGGGCACGGUUUCCCAAAUCCCAUCCUUAAUACGGCCGAUCGAACAACGGUCAACCCUCACUUACUUUUAAGCAAACCGAGCGGCGACACAAACAGUGACUCACUCGCUACGCCGGGAAGGUGGAAUACAGUUACCAAAACAGUCGACCGUUUAUGCUGGUCAAAUAUUCCUCACCUCCACGCGGGUGGUACGGGUUCCAUUGGGCAAGCAUGAACGGGUCGCGUUAUUUCUUAAAUAUGUUCUUCGCAUCCUUUCUUUGACAACUGCUUCUCGACAGUUUGUCUUCCUUAGCUUUGCUGCGCAAUUCCUACGCUACGCUCAAUGUAAGGUUAGGGAAUUUUAUUACAACGGCCAACAUUUAUAUCUCGCUGUGAUCGAGUUCUUUGUUGCGUUAUUUGUUGGUUAAAUUAUUGUUUUCUGUUGUACGUCAUCAUAUCGGUAUUACGUUCGCUACGGUAGAACACACUGGUUUAGCAGUAUUGGAAAAAGAUUGUGGUCAAUUUGAGAGAGCACACGCUGAGACGCAGAUUGUAAUCGUUAGCUACUAAGUAAGCACAACUGGAAACAAAUAUAUACAACUA